GACAAGAAGGUCUAAAUUUUGAUUUUUACGAGCUACGACCGCCUCGACUCUGGAGAAACCGAGAAAAAGUUGUUCACUUAUCAGUUACAGGGAGAUGAAACUAACAUGGAACAAGAAUAAGAACAACAAGAAGCGGCCCUUAACACAAUUUUCUAACCUCCCUUUUGACCAAGACAACAGCGUUGCUGAUGAAGACCUUCAAAAGGACGGUAAGAGUGAGCCUCCAGAGCCCUUGGACAUCAAACAUCUUGCCCAAUCAUUUCAAUCUCAAGGCAAUAAGCUCGCUGAGGAUGGGAAAUAUCGGGAAGCACUUGGGAAAUGGGAGGCUGCUCUUAAUAUGAUGCCUGAAAAUGCAGUUUUGCAUGAACAAAAGGCACAAGUUUUGCUUGAAAUUGGGGAUGCAUGGAAUGCGUUGAAGGCAGCUACCCGAGCGACUGAAUUGGAACCAUCAUGGGCUGAGGCAUGGAUCACCCUUGGCAGAGCACAAUUAAACUUUGGGGAGCUUGAUAGUGCAAUUGAAAGCUUUGACAAAGCAUUAGCUAUCAAGCCUGAUUCCGAGGAGGUUCAAGAUGACCGGAAGGCAGCAUUUCAUCUUGUAAAGAGAAGAAAGCAGCUGCAUUUGUCAGGGUUGAAUACUGACACAAGCCGUUUUGUGGUUGGUGAUAAGACUGAAACAUCCUGAAGGCAUAGAAGUAAGUUUUGUUUGAUGAUAUGACAGAGUAUGAUAACUGCAUGUUAGUGACAAACAUUGCCUUAAAUAUUAUAUUUGCCUAAAAAGGCAUUGUCGUCACCAGAAAUCUUUAGAUAUAUUUUCGUGUAAAAAUAUUAUAUGCUUUUUUUUUUAAUACAAAUUGAACAAAAAUUUCCCAUGAGCA